UCCCAGAACGACACCCUAUUGACGGACGGGACGGCCAGCUAUUCAAAGUCCUUCGACGCGUCCCAUCUGUUGUUGCAGUUGUCGUUAGUAAUCGCCGACAAAGAGGUGCUUCGUAUGGACCUGUCCUACAAUACCAACGGAGCGCUCAUCCAAUCGAAGACAUUUAUGCGCCAUUUGGGCGCCGGUAAAGUGCGGGUCCAGAACUACACCUACGACGCCGACCAACAGUUGGUGGAAGUGAUGGGAAGGGAUCACUGGAAGUUCUCCUACGACGACAACACCAAUCUGGCGACAAUGCAAUACAUGGGUAAUCGCAUUGACAUACUCUACGACAGCAGCGACCGUAUUGUCAGUUUUGGCGAAACCCCGUACGUGACGGACGCCAACGGGUUUGUGGUCCAGAGGGGCGAAGAGAGGUUCACAUAUAACCCGUUGGGACAGUUGAUGCGCGCCCACCGGCCCUCCCGUUAUGAUGUCAACUAUAUGUACGACUCUCGGGGCCGGCUGUCUGUCCGCAAAGACAGCUACAACAAUGUCACUCAGUAUUUCUACGGCGAUCUCUUGCGGCCACAUCUGGUCACACAUAUGUUCAACAACGCCGACGGACGCGUCACCACUAUUAUAUACGAUGACCAAAAUGUGCCACUCAUGACACAGGUAAAUCAUGAAGUCUUCUACAUAGCGUGCGAUCAAAUCCGAAGUCCACUACUAGUGCUCGACCACAGGGGAGAAGUGGUAAAGGAGGUGCAUAGGGGGCCAUACGGUCACGUGCUCUUCGAC